AUGCCAGGCACUCAGCAACAGCACUUCUUUGGCUCCCUGAACCAGCCGCGACAGCAACAACCACAUCAGCAGCAACAACAGCAGCAGCAGCAGCAGCAGCAACACCACCCAAUGCAGCUUCAAAGACAUCCCAGUUACGAGUAUCAGCCCAACAGGCAGGGGGCUGGUCAGACACAAAACGAGACCACAGCAUACCUGAACUCAGCAGCGUUGCUGGCCGAGGCGGCAAAGCGUGCAUCAAUACAAGUCGUCAUGCGGGACAUUGAGGAGAUGGAACUAUGA